AUGGCGUUCGAGGGUGUUCUUACUGAUGGUGCAUCAGAAAUGUUGAAAAAGUUGAUUACUGCAGUUGGCAGUGAGAUUAGUCUGGUUUGGGGUGUCAAGGAUGAGCUGAAAAUGCCUAAACAAACAUUGGAGGUCAUUGCGGGUGUAACAUCCGACGCAGAGAGGAAGCAGCUGAAUGAUGCUGCGGUUUCACUUUGGUUAAAGAGACUCAAGGAUGUUUCUUAUGAUGCUGAUGAUGUUCUGGAUGAAAUUUCUUAUGAGGCUAUGCGUCGAUCUAUUAAGAACAGUGUAGGAGUAAAAUAUCGCACACAGAAUCUUAGACUACAAGAACAAAGGUCAAGGAUUGCUACACGUUCAAGGUCAAGAUCAAGUAGAAGUUCUUCCAGACAAAGUCAAUCCAAUCAAGGAAAUGAUAGGCGAAGGAAACACAUGGAAGUCAUUGAAGAAAACUCACAAAAAAAUGAAAAUUUAGAAGAACAAAGAGAAAGGAGACGUAUAGUUGACUUAGCAACUAAUCAGUAUGCACAUCCAAGGGAACUUCUUCGUCGCGCACAUACUAAUCUUCAAAGGGAAGAAGAAGAUCCAAGGAAAGGAUCGAUGAUAUUACACGACAGAGAAAUAUUAAGAGACGAAUAUGAGCGCGAACGAGAGACUGCACGUGCAAGAGAUAGACAGAGAAGGGAAGAAUUAGAAGAGAAAGAAUUACAAAACAGAUUGCGUCAUAUUGAUUUUGAUAAUCGAGUUAGGAAACGCGAGCGUCAUCGCAUAGAUGAUACAGAACAAGGUCGAGUUACACCACAAGAAAUAGAAAUAUCAAGACAUCGAUAUGAUCGCACAGGAAAACGAAGAAACACAUGA